AUGGCUACCGACAAAGAAUUUAGAAAAAGUCUUCAUGAUAUUAUUAUUAAACAAAUAUCUAGAAAUAAUCGGCCUGAAGAUGCAUACAAAUGCGUUGAUACUUUAAGCAAAAUUGUAGGAAACAUAAUCAAAUUUCCUCAUGAUGAAACAAAACGCAGACUUAAAGAAAGUAAUAAAAUCGUAAAAUCCACCGUACGAGAAGUUGAUGGUGGUGUUGAAUUUCUCAUUAAGAUUGGUUUCAAGGCAAAAGUUGUUGAUUUUCAAAAAUCUUUUAUUCUUGAAAUGCCACGAAAUAAUGAUACUUCUCAGUUGCUGAAACAAUUGGAAAAUUUAGAAAUUGCUCACGAAUUAUUAGAAGAUUUUUUACAAAAAAUCAAAGAACGUAGUGAAUUAAAAGAACGUGCUAGAGUGAGGGAAAAGAUAGCAGAAGAAUCUCGAAGAAAAAUCGCUUUGAAUAAAAUUGAAGAAGAUAGAGAAAGACGCGCAGUCGAAGAUGAAAGACUUAAACAAAGCAGAAAAGAUAUAGAAGGUUUCUAA